UUGAAAGUGNCAUGGCAAAGCGUCAAAUGUUUAUACCCUACAAUCAUACCAAAGUCUAGACGUAUAUUGUUCCUUGCUACAGCUCUUUGCACACAAAUAAUGAAUCCAGAUAUCACAUUCCGAGCAGCAAACAUUCAUGUCAUCAACAAAACCUUUGAUUAUUUCACUGCAAUAACUGCACCUCUGAUUCCCAACCGAAAUCAUCCGAGUCAAUGCCAGUGGAUGGUCCGUGUGGCAAGAAACAUCGAGAGUGCUUCCGAAUUUAACUUUCGACAGAAGCCCAACAUUCGGGAUACAUUCGACGUGAAAGGACUGCUCACAAUUGGCACAGUGAUAAAACCAAAUACCAUUGGUCGAUAUCCUUCUCGCAAACCUCACGAAAGCACUCGUCUUUUCCAUUCGGUAAUCCGGUUCGUGAAGCCGAGGGUUGAAAAGGUGAAUGUGAAGAAGGCCAGAGUUCACGGCAACAGCUGA